AUGAUGGGUUUUCAUAGAUACCUCGCUGCAUUGAUUUUUUUGGUUGGUUUGUCAAGUGGUUUCUAUUUACCAGGAGUCGCUCCCACUAACUACAAGAAGGGUGAUAGGAUUCCAUUACUAGUCAACCAUUUAACGCCAUCACUCCAUCAUCAAUCUGCAUCACAUAGUAAGAUAAAUUCGAAAACUUACGUGUAUUCCUAUGAUUAUUAUUAUCCCAAGUUUAAAUUCUGCACCCCUAAAAAUGGCCCAAAAAAGCAACUGGAGUCACUUGGUUCUAUUAUCUUUGGUGAUCGAAUUUUCGACUCUCCGUUUGUGAUAAAUAUGUUAGAAGACAAAUCGUGUGAGAGACUAUGCCAAUCCACGUAUUCUAGUUCUGAUUCGAUAUUUGUGAACAGAAAUAUAAGAGCUGGUUAUAAUUACAAUUGGCUCAUUGAUGGCUUGCCAGCUGCUAGACAUGUUAGUGAUAGAAGAACAGGAACUGAAUUCUAUGGCUCAGGUUUUAAUAUUGGAGAAGUCGACGAAAAGAACGUUGCUCAUCUUUCGAAUCACUUCGUCAUCAAAAUUGAAUAUCACAAAAGAGAUGAAAAUAAUUAUAGAGUAGUUGGAGUCACAGUUGAUACUCAGUCAUUGGAAAGAAGCGGCUUGUCAAAUGAUGCACCCGCAGAUCAGUAUUGUUCUGCGGAGCUCAAACCUUUGAUUUUGGCCAAAGACAGUGAAACACCUGUAACUUUCACUUACUCUGUAACUUUCACCGAGUCUGUUACAGCCUGGGCAACUAGGUGGGAUAAAUACUUGCAUGUUUAUGAUCCUAAAAUACAAUGGUUCUCGUUGAUAAAUUUUUCGUUGAUAGUUUUGAUCUUAGGUAUUAUCAUUGCUCAUAUUUUGAUGAAAACCUUGAGAAAUGACAUUAUGAAAUACAAUGAAAUCAAUUUAGAUGACGACAUUUCAGAUGAAAGUGGCUGGAAAUUGGUACAUAGUGAUGUGUUCAGACCACCUCAAUAUAGACUCUUGUUGUCUGUUUUGGUUGGCAGUGGAGUGCAGAUAUUUGUCAUGGCUCUAAUCACAAUCGUGUUUGCUCUUUUUGGUUUGUUGUCCCCCUCGAAUAGAGGAGCAUUGUCGACUUUCAUGUUUAUUAUUUUCAUCGCUUUGAGUUUUUUGGCAGCAUUUGUCUCAGGUUAUAUAUAUAAGUUUUUCGGGGGAGAUAAUUGGAAAUUAAACAUGAUUUUAACUCCACUUUUGGUCCCUGGAUGUUUAUUUGCAGUUUUCAUACUCCUAAACUUUUUUUUGAUUUUUGUUAAUUCAUCUGGUGCUAUCCCCAUUGGGACGAUGUUUGCGAUUGUUGCUAUAUGGUUCACAAUCUCUAUUCCAUUGUCUGUGUUUGGAUCAAUAUUUGCAUCAAAAACAAAAGUAUUAUCAGUCCCAGUACGGACAAAUCAGAUCCCUCGGCAAAUUCCAGAGCAGCCUUGGUACUUGAGACUUAUCCCUGGCAUGGUAAUAUCCGGUAUUUUUCCAUUUGGCUCUAUUGCAGUUGAAAUGUACUUUAUCUACACGUCAUUGUGGUUUAACAGGAUCUUUUAUAUGUUCGGUUUCUUAUUUUUCUGCUUCCUUUUGAUGGUCUUGACUACAGCUUUGAUUUCAGUUUUGAUGGUAUAUUAUACGUUAUGUGCUGAAAACUAUAAAUGGCAAUGGAAGUCUGUUUUUAUUGGUGGUGGAUGUUCAAUCUAUGUGUUAGUUCACUCAAUAUUUUUAACAGGAGGUGAAAGUCUAGGUGGAUUACCAUCGCUAGUAUUGUAUAUUGGUUAUUCGGCUGUUAUUUCAUCAUUGGUUUUUCUCUGCUGUGGAUCCAUUGGGUUCUUAAGCAGUCUUUUCUUCGUACGGAGAAUCUACGCUCAAAUUAAAAUUGAUUAA